GCGUUGCUGAUUGCCUCUUGUGAAUCGAAGUUCAGCGCUGUCAGCCAAUGAAAACCCACACUGUGACUAAGGGGCGGAGCUAGGGAAUGGUGACAACUACUCGGCUCUAUUGAGGACGUCUCUUGUGAUUUAAGUACAGGGUACGGAUGACGAAAUUGGACUUAAUUUGGAGGACUUUUAUUUGUGAUACUAACAAGGACGAGUUAUGAUUAAUGUGGGGAAUGUCGACGGCCAUGGCCUGGAACAAGAAAUGUCCGGCAAGUCAGCCUUCAUGGAACUCCAACAGCAGGGGAUGGGGAUGGGGCACCCGGCGUACCCCAUACGCUCAUCGUAUCAGCCUCACCAUCACCCCUCCCAGCACGGGGACAGUGUGUUCACUAACCCACAGGCCAGACCACCACUCGGGUACCCCUUCCACAUGAAUCCUAUGUCCCCCUCCUCCUAUAACCCUCCGACGGGACAUCCUUUCUCCAUGCCGCCUUACCAGAGCCCUUCUCCAAACAGAGAAGAUAAGUCCCAAAUGGAGGAAUUAAGAAUAAAUGGAAAAGGCAAGAAGAUGAGAAAACCUAGAACUAUUUAUUCUAGCCUUCAACUGCAGCAACUUAACAGACGUUUCCAGCGAACUCAAUAUUUGGCGCUCCCCGAGCGUGCAGAACUAGCCGCUUCCCUUGGGCUCACUCAGACACAGGUUAAAAUCUGGUUCCAAAAUCGUCGUUCAAAAGCCAAGAAAAUGAUCAAACAGGGCGGGAAUCCUAUGCAGGCAGGUGGUCAGCAGACUCCGACACCGGUGACGUCACCAACCCAAGGCCAGCAACCCAUGCAACCACAGUCACCUUCCCAGCAACACUCACCACCGACACCAUCAGGGCAUAGCCAUAACACUCAUGUGCAUCACCCUCCCAAUGGACUUAAAAUGGAAACACCAGAGCAAAAUCAACACAAUUCUGUGAUGAUUUCUCCUGCUUCAUCUGUAAGUCCAGAACACGAGCCUCAGUGGAACGAACACACAGCCAACAACUAUACCUCAUCUCAGUCUUAUAUGCCAAUGUCCGGCAUGCCACCUAUGACGUCAGUGAUGAGUUCCGGUAUGCCCCCUAUGUCUCAUUACCAUUCCGCUUGGUACUCAACACAGCCUAUGAUGAAUCAACAAUCCUGUCUCACAUGAAAGCUGUAGUAUUAAAUCUUAGAACUAACAUUCUAGCCUCGGUACAUUCCGAUAGUGCUCGGGAAUUCUGUGGCAGGCCCCUCUGCUUGUGAUACUCCCUAACUGUGUUGUAAACAUUAUGUUGAUGUGGUCAAAUAUUUAUGGACUGCCCACUUGACGAAGAUGUUUGCAACGUUUGAAUUCCGCGCCGUUUGGUUGAACAUUCGGUCAUGUGACAGUGCUGCCUCGUUCCAGACUAAGUAGAGCAGUCCGGAAUCGAAUUCGGGUCAGGAAAGAUUUGAAUGUCCAUUUAAGUUAUAAGUAAAAUUUACAAACUGUAUAUAUCGCCAGUAAACAUUGAAAAGAAAAAUGCAAUAUGAAGUGUGUAUUAGAGAAACGCAUGACGUUUUAUCAGAUUUUAAUUUUAGUUAAAUAUCGCAUUGAUUUGAAUAUAAACCUACUGUAUUUCAUGUUCUUCUAAUUCUUUUCAUAUUGCUAUUUCGUUUUCUUUUCGUUGGCAUAAUUUAUAAUUGUGUUGUUCAAUUCGUCAUGUAUAAUUUUAGCGUUAUAUUGUCACAUGUACAAAUUUUCCUUGUUUUUAAUGAUUUUUUUUUACUUCAUUCCCUUAAACUGUCAUAUUUCUCGAUUUAACAUUAAUAUGUUGAAUGUAUAAAGAUUUUAUCUUAUAUCAUGUGCAUGUAUACGUGCGGUGAAACCGUGACUAAAUUAAUAAAGUAAUUUUAAUGCAAA